GUCGAUUGGAAUGCAACCGACCGUAACUUUCUCGACCCGUAUAUAUACCUCGGUAACAGUUGAGAGGCAAUCGAAACUGUGUAUAAUGUGUCAUCUUUUGGCCGCAAUCUGAGGAGUAAUGACACGAACAAACCUCCAUAACUUUAUGAUGUCGUGUCAGUUAUAAAUGGCAGUAGGAAAAUAGUGGCAAAACAUAACCUCUGUCUCAAAAUGGACGAUAUUAAAAGCUUCUUGAAAACACACUAUAAAGAAAUCUGCAUUACUGCUACAGUGGGGAUAGUUUUGGUGAAGGUAAUCAAAUGGCGGAAGAAACGAGUAAAGAAGAAUUAUCCACCGAACACCAUCAUUCACCACCAGAUCGGCCGAGGACCUUAUGCUCCAAGUAUAACACCGUUUGCCGUGAAGCUGGAGACUUAUUUACGGAUGACAAAAGUCCCAUUUAUGAAUGAACAUGAUAGUCUGACCAACAGAAGUUCUAAAGGUAAAUUGACCUGGAUAGAAUACAAUGGGCAAGAAGUAGCAGACUCGGAAUUCUGUAUCCAGUUUAUAAACAAAACAUUCUGCAUUGAUCUGGACAAGAACUUCUCUGAUGAGGAAAUCGGGGCAGGUAGAGCCAUUCAAAGGAUGGUAGAUGAACAUCUGUAUUGGACAUUGGUUCUACAACGCUGGGUUUUUGACCCGAAGAACGGAAGAAAACACCUGGGCCUGUCGUGGCUCGAGUCUCUUGGAGUCGAAAACAUGUUUAAGAAACAGACUUAUGCACAGGGGGUAGGCAGACACACUGAGGAAGAAGUGAUGCAAGUGAUGGAUGAAGAUAUACAGGCCCUGUCAAAGUUCUUAGGUAAGAAGAAAUUCAUGUUGGGUGAACAAGCCAGUCAGACUGAUUGUGCGAUGUUUGGAAUGUUAUCUCAGAUUCACUGGCAGAACUUUGGAGGUGCAGCAGAAAAGUUGUACAAAAAAUAUCCCAAUUUGAGCGCUUACACUGAACGUAUGAAGGAGGAGUUCUGGCCAGACUGGGACGAUUGUAUUACCCACGGUGGGACAAGGAAAGCUUCCAAGUGAUUGCAUAUUGCAAAACUGCACUCGGAUUAAUGUUGAAGGACGAAUAAAUUUUUCUCCUUAUGACCA